AUGACUGAUAAAGUGCCAGACCAACCCAUGUGUUAUCCCAAGCAUUCUCGGCUCUCAAAGAGAGAAGCUACGUUUGAGCACGGAUGGCCAGAGCCUCUCUUAGGAAAAAUACCAGACAUAGCUCGAGCUGGGUUUUACUACAAGGGAGUGAAAGAUAGUACUACCUGUUUUCAUUGUGGAUUUACUUUAACUAAUUGGGAUCCCGAGGACGAUCCUUAUGCAGAACAUGCUUAUUGGAAUCUGAAUUGUCCUUACAUCAAUCUGUAUAAAGGACGAGGGUGGGUGAUGAAUGUUUUCAUUGCAGGUUUAGAUCAGCAUGGGUAUAAACUUUUAACUGAGAUCAAACCUUUACUGAACCCAGAACCAGACGUCCAGGCUCGAGGAAAAUGUCACAUUUGUUUAGACAAGGAAUUAGAAAUCGCUUUUCUACCUUGUGGACACAGACAAAACUCAGAUCAGUGUGUUGAGUCGUCAGCUAGCCUUGCCUCAUUUGAUGUCAGCUCAUCAAAAAGCUACCCAGGUACCUCACGGAUAUCUUCUGGUCGACCUGAGUCCCCAGACCCCAGACCAAUACCGAUUGAGAAGUCGAAUGUUUGA